AUGGCGGCCAGCGGUGCCGGGGUGACGGUGUUGGCUCCCAAUGGAAGGCGGCAGGCGGUGAAAGUGACAGCCGGGACCCCUCUGUUACAGGUGCUGGAAGAGGUCUGCAAGAAACAGAAUUUCAACCCCAGAGAAUAUAACCUAAAGUUUCAGAGGACAGUGCUGGAUCUUUCUCUUCAAUGGCGAUUUGCGAACCUUCCUAACAAUGCCAAACUGGAGAUGGUGAGCUGCUCGACCCAGCGUGCUGGAGCAGAAUGUUCGAAAGUCCGUGUAGCCAUGCAGUUAGAAGACGGGACGAGGUUGCAGGAUGAGUUUCAAUGCAGCAAGACACUCUGGGAUGUCCUGGUCUCUUUCCCUCAAACUAAGGUGUGUUUGGACGAGGUUCCUCCUGGAAGCGUCGCCGUAUGUAUUUAUAUGCGAGAUGAGGUAUCCGGUGAAUUGCUUCUGAAGCAAACCUCUCUUCAAUCUUUGGGACUCACAGGCGGAAGUGCCAUAAUCAGGUUCGUAGUGCGGAAGAAUGAGUCGCCUGUUAGCAGACAACCACCAAGUACAGAGGAGGGCACACUAAAACAGCGGGCUUCUGGCCUCAAGGAAGAGUCCAAGGGUCCUCCGGUAACAGAAGAUGUGAAGAAAGAGCCUGUUGCUUGCCAGGAAGAGAGGUUGUCCAUUAGGGCUACAGAGAGAGAGAAGCCUCAAGAAGUUUCAGCACCUCAAACAGCAAUUCCCUGUGUAGAGAAAGCUCAGUCCAGUGUGGACAGUGUCAGGCCAAAAGCUCCUGCUCAGUCUCAAGUGACUUCGUUUGUCCCAUUCCAAGGAGGAGGCCAUCGUCUAGGUGGUGCCAACGUUCCUGCAGCUUCAUUCGAAGAUGACCUGCAAUGUGCCACGGCUCAAGAGCCUUUACACAGUCCAGAACAUUCUAAGCCAAAGAAAUCAAAGACGGAUAAUGAAUCAGAGUCUCUAGGCAGAGAGCCUAUUGUGUGCCACCUGGAUUUGGAGCAGAAUGCGCGUGCCAAUAAUCAGGAUCUGUCUGAUGAUUUUUUUGAGGUCACAGUAGAUGAUGUGAGAAGGAGGUUUGCUGAACUCAAAAAUGAAAGACAUCGUCUGGAGGAAGCCCCGCUAAUGACUAAAGCUUUAAGGGAAGCACAGCUGAAGGAAAAACUGGAGAGAUACCCAAAGGUUGUCCCUUCGAGUUGUCUUCCCGGAUCGAUUCAUCUUGCAGGGGUUUUUCCAAGUGACAGAAACCAUUGGAGCAGUGAGGGAGUUUGUUCAGAGCCACCUACAAGAACCAGAGAUUCCAUUUUAUCUGUUUAUCACUCCCCCACGAACAGAGCUGACAGAUGACUCCGAGACUCUCUUCCAGGCACACCUUUUCCCAGCUGUGGUUAUUCAUUUUGGGUCACUGGAGCAAAGGGAUCAUUAUUUGCAACAUCGUCUACUGACAGAACCAGUGUCGCCUUCUCAAGCAGAUUUGGUGGUCGCCAGGGCAAUGCCACGUGUUCCAGGAUCCUGUACUGCUCCCAUCCUGGAGGACCUCCCAGGGCCCAGCUCACAAGUUACUCAGCGAGCACCAGAGAACUACGAGGAGGAGUUUGGGAUUUCUGAUUCCCAUCAGCAAGUUCAAAGAGAUGCUAGCAAAGUCCCCAAAUGGCUGAAACUGUCAGGAAAGAAGUAA